GUCCCAACAACGUCCUCGGAUGCACCUGCAACCACUUCUGCUACUUCGUCAUCAUCUGAAGCCCCUCAACAAAACAUCACCACUUCUGUUUCCACUUCCUCAACAGAUGCACAAGUCGGUGCCCAACCAACUGCCGCAUCCUCUUCUUCGACAUCGACCUCGUCGUCUACCUCUGCUCCAAGUCCUUCAUCAUCUGGCUGCUUGACAAAAGUACCCCAUGCUAUCGUAUACUCACCUUACGACAACAACCGUUCAUGCAAAGAUUUUUCUACAGUCUUGAGCGAUCUCCAAUUGAUCCACUCCAAGGGUAUCAAUGAAUUGAGAGUGUAUGGUAAUGACUGUAACUAUUUGUCAACCAUUUUGAAGGCGGCAAAGCAGACCGGAUUCAAGGUCAACCAAGGCUUCUGGAUUAGCGAUGCUGGUGUAAACUCCAUCGACACCGCGGUCGACGACUUCAUCUCCUAUGUCACCUCAGGCUCCGGUGGUUUUGGCUGGGAACUUUUCUCAUACCUCACCAUUGGUAACGAAGCUGUCAACAGUGGUUACUGUUCUGCUUCCGAUUUGAUCUCCAAAAUUUCUGAGGUCAAGGGCAAAUUACAAAAUGCUGGCUACUCCGGGAAGGUGACCACCUCUGAACCUCCUGUCUCCUUUGAAAAGAAUCCUUCCUUAUGUACAAGCUCAGGAAUUGACUUCGUUGGCAUUAACCCACACUCAUAUUUUGACGCCAAUGCCUCAGCGGAUGAAGCCGGUUCAUUUGUGUCAGGCCAAAUUCAAAUUGUUCAAGGAGCUUGUGGAAACAUGGAUAUAGUUGUCACUGAAACUGGGUAUCCAAACCAGGGUGAUACAAAUGGUAGAAACGUCCCAAGCCCUGAAAACCAAUUAAUCGCAGUCCAGUCCAUUUUAGACAAUGUCAGCGUGGAUGUCACUAUUUUAACAACUUUCGAAGAUCUAUGGAAACUUCCUGGUCCUUACAAUAUUGAGCAACAUUUCGGAAUAAUA